GUUCUCGGCUGCAUGGCUGAGCCAGCGGCGCUAGGACCCCUAGCCAGAGCCCCGGGGACAGGGAUCUGGGGGGAAAUACCCUACAUGGUGCCCCCGAGGUCACCAGCUGAGCCAGUAGCCCAAAAUAGCUCCCGGCGGACUCCGGCGCUGCUCCUGCCUGAGAGAUGGCUUCUGCCUCCGACACCGUGGAGUUGGGUGCGCCUUGGGGACCCGGGCGCCCCGAGCCCGCUCCCACCCGCUUCCACCGGGUGCACGGUGCCCACAUCCGCGUGGACCCUUCCGGGACGCGGGCCACUCGCGUGGAGAGCUUCGCCCACGGCGUGUGCUUUAGUCGCGAGCCGCUGGCCCCAGGCCAGGUGUUCCUGGUCGAGAUCGAGGAGAAGGAGCUGGGCUGGUGCGGGCACCUGCGCCUCGGCCUGACUGCUCUGGACCCCGACAGCCUGCCUGCGGUGCCCGAGUUCUCGCUGCCCGACCUGGUCAGCCUCGGCCACACCUGGGUCUUCGCUAUCACGCGCCACCACAACCGCGUGCCCCCCGAGGGCCACCCGGAGGCUGAGGCCAUGUUCCCCAGCCGAUCCCCGGCCCUCCUGGAGGAACCCUAUCUGUGCAUUGAGCAGUUUCGCAUUCCCCGGGACCGGCUGGUGGGCCGCAGCCGGCCGGGGCUCUACAGUCACCUACUGGACCAGCUCUAUGAGCUAAACGUGCUGCCUCCGACCGCGCGCCGAAGCCGCCUGGGCGUCCUGUUCUGCCCGCGCCCCGAUGGCACGGCCGACAUGCACAUCGUCAUUAACGGCGAGGACAUGGGCCCUAGCGCCCGGGGGCUGCCAGCCACCCAGCCCCUCUACGCAGUGGUGGACGUGUUUGCCUCCACCAAGAGCUUGCGCCUGGUCCAGCUGGAGUAUGGCUUGCCAUCCCUGCAGACUCUGUGCCGCCUCGUGAUCCAGAGGAGUGUGGUGCACCGGCUGGCCAUUGAUGGGCUCCACCUGCCAAAAGGAUUGAAGGAUUUCUGCAAGUUCGAGUGAAGGCCUGCAGUCGCCAGGACCAGGGCCACAGAGCAUGUGCUGGCCCUAGAGUGCGGCUUGUCCGCAGCUGGCCACGUGGCUGCCGGCCAGGGCCAGAAAUAAACAGCCAAUGCUGACACGCUGAUCAUUGGAGGGUCUCCUUGCUCCUGCAGCUGGUGAGGGGCACUUCCUUUAGGAUCACUACUGGUCAGCAGGUCAGAGCAAGAGUAUUUUAGAGGUCAUGGAGCCCAGUGGGAGCCCUGGUGGUGCAGUGUUUAAGAAUUCAGCUGCUAACCAAAAGACUGGCAGUUUGAAUCCACCAGC